AUCGGCAGACAAUACCUUUCUACAAGUCUUUCUCUCAUCAAUCAGCCCCUCUUUUCAAGCUCAUCAGCAAUCAUGGCACCCACUCUUAACAUCACUCAUAUUGGCACUGCUACAGCCAUACUUGAGAUCAAUGGGGUCAAUAUGCUCACCGACCCUUUCUUCUCUCCUGCGGGAACAUCUUUCCCUAUGACCGACAAGUUUUCUCUCAAAGUGGAGGAUGACCCUGCCCUCCGCCUAGAUCAGCUUCCUGUCAUUGAUGCAGUUCUGCUCAGUCAUGAAGACCAUGUCGACAACCUUGAUGACCUCGGUCGCCGCCUGCUUGAUGGACGCCGAGUCUUCACUACUGUUGACGGUGCGAGGAACCUCUCCUCUCGGCCGGCAGUUCAUGGCUUCGAGCCUUGGGAAGAAAUGGAAGUUGUCAUUGCCGGAAAGAAGUUCCGGGUUGUUGGCACGCCAACCAAGCACGUCGAUGGUAACGAGUGUACCGGCUUUAUCUUGACUGGGGAGGACUUUGGUCAUGGUCGCGACGGUCUCCCUAACGCAAUCUAUUUCUCGGGCGAUACUGUUUACGUGGAGGAAUUGAAGCAGAUGGCAGAACGCUUUCAUGUUUGUGCUGCGAUCGUCAACCUCGGUAAUGCUCAUGCGCCUACGGACUUAACAGACCCCAGCAGCCCCCCUUAUCAGAUCACCAUGGAUGGCAAGCAGGCCGCUCAACUCUUCCGCGAAAUCAAGGCCGACUACCUUGCACCUAUGCAUUAUGAGUCAUGGCAUCAUUUCACACAGUUUGGACAAGAGCUGCGUCAGGCUUUCCAAGAGGAAGGAAUCAGUGACCAGGUAUGCUGGCUCAAACCUUGGGAGCCUGUGAAGGUUCUGUGAUUACACCCAUCACAGUGAGAGUUAAUAAUAGGGUCACGCAAACCUUGUUUUGCUUCAAACGACCAUGUGCUGCCGCAUGUGUGUGCAGUCAGAAGUGUCACGUCUUAGCACAAAAUACC